AUAUACAGGCACACAUGUAACAUGUUUACGCGUCUUCUCAACUCCGACUCUCCCAAUGAGCUCAGUUUCCACUGUUGCUCAUUUUCCAAAUGUCUCUGACAAACACCUAUAAUUGUUAUCCUCGCGUGCCCCGCACGUGCCCCCGCACUUUAAAUUGCCCUCCACUCGCCGUCCUCCCGCCGCCACAUCUCCAGACCUUCCGCCGUCGUAGCUCAGCCAUGUCCGCCUCCGUCGGAGAUUCGCAUCGGCCGCAGACGCCUCCCCCGCUGGAUGCUCUGCCUUUCGAGCUCAAAGCUGAGUCCGACUUUGAUCGAAUCGUCUCCCCCGAUGGACUGGUUUCUAUCUGUGGCUUCGGUUCCCUUCUCUCCGAAAGGAGUGCAAGGAGUACUUUCCCGGAUUUGAUAAACUUUAGAGUUGCAAAAUUGAAUGGGUUUCGGAGAGUGUUUUCCCACGUUGCUCCUAUUUUUUUUGAACGUGGAAUAGCUAAGCCUGAGACCAAGGAGACAUCAAGCUUGAGCGUGGAACCAUGUGAAGAUGAAACUCUUGUAGUCACCACUUUUGAGAUACAAAGAUCAGAGAUACCAUCUUUUAUAGAGAGGGAACAUGAAUUCCGGUUUUUAGCUGUGAUUCCCGAAACAUUUAAUGGGUUGCUUUACACAACUCCAUCGGUACUAUGUGCACGUUAUAGUGACGAAGAGUAUUUCUUGAACAGAUGUAAAGGCAAUAAAGAGAUAUUCUUUCAACGGUAUGGGCGAUUUGGCAUUGUCAAGAUUUGGUUGGAUGACAUCUUACCCUGUCGUGUUUAUCUUCGCCAUUGUGUGUUGGCAGCAAAAAAUUUAAGUGAAGCAGCAUAUGAAAAUUUCCUGGAUCAUACAUUUCUUUGUGACCGUAAGACAACCAUUCGCGAGUACUUAGCGACAUCAGGUUCUGGCAUAAUGGAAGAGGAGCCUCCCAAGCAGCUAAAACAUCGUUAUGGAGGUUAAAUUUGUCACAAAUGUUUGUCAUCCGAUACUCAGAUUUUGCAUCCUUAGUUGACUUUUGUUGACGUAAAGGUCAAGAAACUUGGACUUAGAUGGGUAUCAGAUCAUUUUUAAUUCAGAAUAUCAUGAUUUAAGUAAGUUCAUGCAUAUUUAAGUGUUGUGUGAGUAAUAAGAUGGAAAAAUUAAAUUUUAAAGAAUUCCAAAUUUUUUAUCACGUGAUUGCUUGUGUUACAUCCAGUUAGAGAGCUUAUGAGAAGGUGGCUGGGGUGGUUGGUGACUUUGGGGUGCUUCUAGCAUUUUUGUAAAGUUAGAAGAUUUUGCUAUUGCAAAUUUAUCCUCAAAGGUCAAACUUUUAUCAUUAUCUUUGUUAUUAUUCUGUCUUAACUGCAC